GACUCGUGGAACGAGGAGGUUGCGGAGCCGGGAAGCUUCGCGUCGAAGCCGACGAACAAGCUCCCCCCCGCGCCUCGCCGCUUUGACAACGACAUCUCCAGCAGCAGCAGCAUCCCGCCGAUCACUGGUCUUGACACACCGCGCGGCAAAAAAGACGCCAAGGACUGGAAGAAUGACGACCAAGUGGCUUUCGGAGAGCCCAAUGACAGUGGAGUUCGCUCACCGUUUUUCUUCGGCGCGAAGCCUCCUCCGGCUGAGGAAGCGUCGGACUUCGGAGACCGUGACGCCCUUGUCUCUCGUGACCCGUACGCUCACUACUCGCGGGACUCCAGCCGUCCUGGGUCGGAUAAAAAUCUGCCGCCGCUCCGCCACGACGAAGACGACUAUUUCUUUGGAGUGCCCAGUGAACCUGUGGCUAAGCCCACGACCUGGGAAGAGAUCCGACGUCGCGCUGCCGAGCAGCGGAAGUGA